UGAAAACAGACGGCGGAUUCGGACGGCUCACAAUUCCCGUAUUCCGUGUGGCCAUUCUAGCGCGCCACCGACGAUCGCCGCAAACACCGCCACCGCGGGGGUCUCUACCAUAUGGUGGUUGUUGCCACGCGUCCACCGGAGCCUCCGUCUGACGGACACAGCCAGCCAGCGUGGUGGUGGUCCAAGUGACCCACGACGACGACGAAGAAUCCUGUCGCACAGCCCGCCAACGGCCGAGCCGCGCGCGCAGGAGAAUGGUUCCUGCUGACUCAUCCGGUCCACUGUAGAGAGAGCGAGAGAGCUUUGUGAAGUAGCCACCGGUUUUAGAAUCCUGGCACCACCCAUAGACGAACGACGACGAUGGACAACCGACUCAACAUUGGCUCGGAGGUGCGCGAGCUGAAGCUCGGUUCGACCUUCACCAACUCCGCACCAUCGAACGUGUUUCAUACGAUAAAAUACGAUUUCAAACCUGCCAGUGUCGACGUGAAUAAACCGGCCGUGCUGGAGGUUAGUGCCAACAAGCAGGUCACCGUUACCGUGCCGCACUUGGACGGUUCCGGUGUUCCGAACACAGUCUUCAAGGGCAACCACCGUGACUACUCGCGGAAGGAGUGCGUGCUGAUCAUGAACCGGGCGACGGGUGAAAUAACGCUCGAGCAGCUCAACAGCGGGAUCGUGGUGAAAAAGACAAGAAUCGAAAACAAGGUGGUCAAUCCGCCACCGCCGCUGCCGACGAUAAAGGUGGAAAACAACACCGCGCGCCAGAGCUCGAAGACGAAGAUCACGACCGGCGUGCGGAAGAAUGCACCGAUCAGCUUCGUGCCAAAGCACUCGCCACUGCAGGGUUCUCCUUCCUACCCGCACCGGAGUCCUCAAUCGGCACCGGCCUGGAAUGCCAACAAUACUCAACAAACCUUGCCAAGCAUUCCGAUGAUCGGGCUCGAUGAUGGGCUAGACUUUGGCGGUGGUGGUGGAGGUGGCCAUGCGACCGCCAUGCCGCCCUCCUCUUCCUCAAUCUCCUCUUCUUCCUCCGCUGCCGGCGUCGCUUCCUCAAUGAAUAACCACCAUCUGAACAACAACAAUAACCAUCACCAUCACAACAACAGUGGGUCCAACAACAACAACCACCACCAUCAGCACCAACAACAACAACAACAGCACCACCACCAACACAACAACAGCACCGCAAAUAAUCACAACAGCAGCAACAGUAGCACCGGUAGCAGCGGCAGUAGCAGCUACCUUAACCACAGUUCGGGGCAGAACAACCAUCACAACAACAGCAGCAGCAGCAGCAGCAGCGGCAGCGGCGGCGGCAGUAGUAGUCACCACAACAAUCACCUCAGUGCUCCCUCCUCGUACGGCGGUGGCCGGAACCACCUGCACCCGGAACCGCCGCCACCCAACGUGGUGGAGGUCAGCUUGCCGCCGUUGGAGCGGAACGAGCUGCUGCUGCUACCACCGCCGGCUGUGACGGGAUUGGGACCGGGUGGUGGUGUCCCUGCAAGUAGCGAUCCAGAGAUGAUGACUUCAUCGGAGUCGGACGGUUCGGACGAUUCCGAUUCGAGCAGCAGCGACCAGGAAUCGGACAGUUCGACCGAGGACAACAACGACUCACCACCAGUGAAAGAAUCUAUCUUCGAUCCUCGACCUGAUCUGGCGACGGUGGCCUCGGUCGCGGCGGCGGUCGAUCUGAGCAAGGACCUGUGCCUCUCGUCGAACUCCGAUUCCGAUGACUAAGGAGGAGGUUCGAAUCGAUCGUACCACACACACACACAAAUGCACGAAAUGACACACUGAAAGACACCGGCCACCGGGAGAGAGAGAGAG